GCGCUUCCAUUGAUUGGCAAAACAUCGCAAAUGUCAGAUGUGAAACAUAGCAAAAUCAGCUGGCAAUGAAAUUGGCAAAAAGUGCACAAAAGAAGGGAUGAAAAUCUGGAAAUUGGGGCGGAAAAGAGUGCAAACUGUGAGUUGAACAGUGGGAACAUGUGGACGCUGUAGUGUGGCAGUGAGAAUGGGAUCACAGACGUUGGAGAUUCUGCGCCAGGGCGUCUGGGCAUCGCUGACUGGUGGCUGGUUCUACGAUCCACACCAGAAUGUCUCCUGCAACGCCAUCCACCUCUACCUCUUCCUCUUCCUGCUCUGCACGCCGCUCGUCACCUACAUCUACUUCACCGCCACCGUGGCCACCUGGGCGCUGUACUGCCUCUCCGUGGCCUCCCUGGUCACGGCGCUGAAGAUCGUCAACCUGGCGCUGCACGGGAUGUACGACAAGGCGCAGGCGACGUCGGACCUCAAUCGCAACAGCAGCAUCGCCAGUCCCUGCAAGAUUCUGCAGAUGAAGGACGAGGACGCGGGCAUCGAGAUGCAGGUGCUGGGCAACGAUCUGCUGUCGUCGCGCGUGUCCAUCGAGAACCAGAGCGACCUGAGCUGCGCCAACAGCGCCUUCUCCGUCGACUAUCCGGAACAGGUCGCCAGCACGAUAGACUUCAAAGUGGACGUGCAUCGCAAGAACAGCUCGGAGUCCAACGAGAGCGUCGGGCUGUACAGCAGCAGCGUGCUGCAGAGCUCCGUGGUGGCGACGCAUAGCGCCGACGUGUGCAACACGGCGGCGUACGGUGCUGAGAAGAUGCCGCCGGGCAAGUCGUUCGACGAGGAGGACGCGAAAGCGGCGCCGGAGGUGACUAAAGAGGCUGGCGAGGUGGCGCAGGAGUUUCCCAGGGCGUUCAUGCAGCGCCAGGCGUCGCUGGACUCGCAGGAUCAGCGCCUGGACGCGUCGGAUGGCGAGCGUGAGUCGCCGGUGAAGUUGCAGCGCCACAGAUCGACGGAGAAUGGCAAGACGGCGCGCAAGAACAUGUCCAACAUCUCGCUGGGCUGCAUUCAUCCCAACAACUGCUACGUGGCCACACACGGCGGCCAGCUGCAGAACCUGGCCUCGUAUCUGUGCCUGGAGAAUGACUACACCACCAAGUCUGAGUUGGCGAUCGAGAACAUCGCGGCGGCGGACCUGAGCGGCGGCAAAGUGUAUCUGAUGCACCAUCCGACGAACCAGAUGCGCCGCGACUCCAACUCCACCAUGUCGGCCAUCCAGCUGCCCAUCGCCAGCUCCUCGGCCGCGCUGAGUCGCCAUCCGAAUGCCGGCGCGGUGAAAGUGCUGCCAAGUUCGGUGAUCAGCGUGCGGCGCAUCAAGAGCGCCGCCAUCGAGACGUCCUCGCCGCAUCCGCUGGCGCCGUACAUUCCGCCGCAGCCCAACAGCGUGGAAGUGAUCGGCGGCCAGCCGCUGAGGAAUCCGCAUCACGUUGUACUGCCGCCGCCCAGCAAGAGUCUGUCCAGGAAUCCGCACCUGAAUCUCUGUCCGAAGGACGGCAAGGCGUCCGAGCAGCUGGUUUACCCGAUUGCGGAGCAGGCGGACGAAGUGGGGCAUCACAUGCGGCCGGCGUCGGCGUUCGACAGCAGCACGACGAGUGAGUCAGACGAAGAGGAGGAGGAAGAAGAGGAGGAUGAGGAGGAGGAGGAUGACGAGCACGACGAGGAGGCGGACAAGGAGCAGGACGUGGCGGAGAAUAAGCAGCAAGAGGAUGACGAGAAGAUCACACAAGAGCGUCACUCGACGACGACAGAGAGUGAGUCGGAUGUGGACAGGAUUCAGGCGCAAUCCACGGACUCUGACACGGAGAACAAUGGCUCGCGAUCGCCACUGCUGGAGUUCCACAGGAUCAGCAUUGAGAAUGUGGAGGAGAAGUGCUCGGGAAUGCGACACCGGAAGGGGAAUGCAUCGGGAUCGCUGAAGGGCGACGUGGGGAAGAAGGGUCAGGAGGAGCACAGGGUGAAUGUGAGAUUCGAGCAGGCGAAGGACAACAAGAUCCGACCGUUCUGCGACUGGGAGGGCAUGAGCUCCAGCUCCAAAGACAUGCUGCUGACGUCGUCGUCGGGCAGGGAGAAGACGACGAAGAAUCCGAUCUGGUUUGACUUCAGCAUGGAUGCGAACAACAUCAGUGUGGAUGUGACGACGGAGACGGACGAGGCGGGAAGGAGUCCGGAGAUCUCGACCGCGGAGGAGGACAGAAGCGCACCGGCGACGACGACGAGGAAUCUGGGUGCAAUUCCCAAGAUGGGCAAGAGAAUGGAGUCGCGCAGGAUGAGUGCUGGUGUGGAUGAGUAUCCGCUGAUCACGCGCGGUGUGUUCAGGCGACCCACGGCGCCCGUGGACACUUCUGCCGGUCAGACGCCCAUCCUGACGUUCUUCAACUCCCGCUCGGACUAUCACAUGAUGAUGUAUGGGCAGCAGUUGGAGUAUCCCAUGGCGAAUCUCUCCAACUUCCGGCCGCGCAAUCUCGACGGUGGCUUUCAUCACCAUCAGACACAGCCGAAGGUGAAGAGGACGCGCGAGAGGCGACAGAAGUCGCUGGACAGCACGGCGGGCAGAAAUCUGGGCAGCGAGACGAACUUCAGUGCGAAUCAGUGCAUCGAUAGUGGAACGAUUUGUGAGAAUCCCGUGAUUUCCAUCUCCAAUUCGCUGUCCAUGCACGACUUCAUGGAUUCGUCGUCGAUUCCGCAUGGCUUCGACAAGUCCCUGUCCAGUCGCCCGUCCGUCCAGGCGGCCAUUCUCAGCAUUGGGCGCGUGGAGCUGAAUGACGACACGUUCGGCGAGAUGAGUCGCUUCUACCUGGACAAUGCCAAACUGAAGCCAAUGCCAAAGUACUACAAGUUCUCGGUGAACUUCCUGGGGCGCCACACGUUCAAGAUCCACAUGGACAGACUGCAGUUGCUGGCGCUGUUCGACAGAGACACAGGCUGGUUCCAGGUCGUUCUUGCCACCUUCCUCACCUUCUUCGUGAGCCUCCUGGGCGCCCUGGUGCUUCACCUGGGCUUCUACGAUGACAUCUUCGCCUUCAUCUUCUGCUUCGUGAUCGCCGGCAGUCAGUAUUCGCUGAUCAAGAGCGUGCAGCCGGACGCCGCGUCGCCCAUUCACGGCUUCAACAAGACCGUGUCCUACUCGCGUCCCAUCUACUUCUGCCUCUGCACGCUCCUCCUCAUUGGCGCCCAUCGCAUGACACAGGACGCGUCAGAAGUCACGCCAGUCAUUGUCUUCGGCGCCACAAUUCACAGUCGUGAAUUCUACGAGAUGGUGGAAUACAUCCUUUCCAUCGUCCUGCUGGCAUUUCCCAUUCUCUUCAGUCUGGGCCUGUUUCCGCAGAUCAACACCUUCCUCAUGUACUUCCUGGAGCAGCUGGAGAUGCACAUGUUCGGCGGCAAUGCUGUGUCCAAUCUCACGGCGGGCUUCUUCGCCGUGCUGAAGUCCAUCCUGGGCUGCGUGAUCCUGUACGGGCCGGCGUAUGGUGGACUGUUGGAGCCGCAAGGCAGUCAGCACGUGAUGUUCUCCAUCUUCUGCGCCCUACUCAUUCCGAUCGCCUACCAUUUGUCGCGCACAGCCAGCGAUCUCACGUACGUGUGGCUCCUCAUCAAGUCCAGCAUUCAGCUGCACUCCGACGAGGAUGAGCACGAACCGAGCGCAGCCGAGAAGGUGAAGAAGUCCACGUCCACGGAGUCCAACUGCAGCGACGUCGCGGCUGAGAGUCCAGGAAGCGCAGCGCGCGAGGACGCGAGCACCAAUGACAAUAAGACUGAUGUAAAUAGCAUGGAUACUCAUCCGCCCCAGCAGACGGCCGCGUCCUCGUCCGCCGGCCAGCCGAAUGUGCUCACGGACGCUGAGCUGGUGGAUCCACUGCCCAGGAAGAUGCAGAGCACGGUGAAUGCGCGCCUGAAGCACGAUCUGCUCGUGUGCUGCGUGCUGGCCGUGAUCUAUCUCGGGCUGCACUGCAGCACGGUGUUCACGGUGCUGCAGCCGGACCUCAAUCCCGUGCUGCACACGAUCGCCGGCGUCCUGGGCCUGGUGCUGCACUAUCUGCUGCCGCAGAUGCGCAAGCACUGGCCGUGGCUGUGCAUGUCGCUGCCGAUUCUGCGUCAGCACGAGUUUGGGCAGUUUGAGCCGCGCGGCGCGGCCAAAGUGAUGUGGUUUGAGAAGUUUAUCGUCUAUCUGUGCAUGCUGGAGAGGAAUGUGCUGUAUCCCAUUGUCUUCCUCAGCGCCCUAACGUCUGACUCUGUGCGAAUUGUGGGCAAGUUUGGCAUUUCGCUGGGCACUGUUUUUGUCGUGGUUUGCGGACUGAAGUGUGUUCGAAGCUCUUUCUCCGAUCCAGCAAGUCAAUACUUGAUCCUCAUCUUCUCAGUGCUCUUCUUUCGUCUCGAUUAUAUUGCCUCCAGUGAGACUUUCCUCAUCAACUACUUCUUCGUUUCCAUUCUGUAUAAGAAAACGUGCGAUUUUCUUCUUAAGGUGCAAUUCAUCGUGACUUACAUUGCUCCGUGGCAAAUCACGUGGGGUUCAGCAUUUCAUGCCUUUGCUCAGCCCUUCAGUGUGCCACACUCGGCGAUGCUCUUCCUGCAGGCGGGCGUCAGUGCGCUCCUGUCCACGCCACUCAAUCCCUUCCUGGGCAGUGCAAUCUUCCUCACGUCCUACGUGCGACCGAUUAAGUUCUGGGAGCGUGACUACAACACGCGUCGCAUUGAUCACUCCAACACGCGCCUCAGUUCGCAGCUGGAGCGCGAUUUGGGCUCGGAUGACAACAAUCUCAACAGCAUCUUCUACGAGCAUCUCACCAGAUCGCUGCAACACUCGCUCUGUGGCGAUCUGCUGCUGGGCAGAUGGGGAAAUGUGAGCCAGGGCGAUUGCUUCGUGCUGGCGUCGGACUAUCUCAACUGUCUCGUGCACAUCAUCGAGCUGGGCAACGGGCUGUGCACCUUCCAGAUGCGUGGCCUGGAGUUCAGGGGCACAUACUGCCAGCAGCGCGAAGUGGAGGCGAUCUCUGAGGGUGUGGAAGAGAACAGAGACUGUUGCUGUUGCUCUCCUGGCCAUCUGCCCUUCAUACUCAGCGUCAAUGCCAUGUUCUCAACACGUUGGCUGGCGUGGCAAGUUGUGGCGGCACAGUAUAUUCUCGAAGGAUACUCAAUAUCUGACAAUUCGGCUGUGGCGACGCUCCAAGUCUUCGAGUUCCGACGAGUUCUCAUCACGUAUUAUGUGAAGAGCAUAAUCUACUACACAAUUCAGUCGCAGAAGCUGGACGAGUGGCUAAAUUCGCAGGCAAUUCAGGAAGCGCUGCAGAACACAACAGAGCGACAAUAUGUGGACUUGGAUCCUGUGUUCAAUCACAAUCUGGAUGAGGAUUAUGACUUCCGGUCGUCGGGCAUCACGCGGAAUAGCUUCUGCAGUGUGUAUCUCGGGUGGAUUCAGUAUUGCUACAAGCAGAAGAGGAAGAGAGAGGCGAGCAGCACUUCAGCUCCAUCGUCAGCGACGCAGUCACAAAAUUUGUCGGACAACAAGAUGAGUCAUAAAGAGGCCAAGGAGAGUGGCAAAAGCAGCGAAGAAUCAUCGCAUAUUGUGACUAAGGAUUCGGCGCUGGUGUCUCUCUGUCUGGCGCUGGGCAUUCUGGCGCGAAGGACUCUCGCCACGGCCAGUCACAGUUCCUCCAGCGGCGUGGAGUUCUUCCUGCACGGCCUGCAUGCGCUCUUCAAGGGUGAUUUCCGCAUCACGUCGCACAGAGACGAGUGGGUGUUCGCCGACAUGGAUCUGCUGCAGAGCGUCGUGGCGCCGGCGGUGCGAAUGUCGCUGAAACUGCAUCAGGAUCACUUCCAGAACCCUGAUGAUUACGAGGACAAGGCGGCGCUGUACAAGGCCAUCAGUAUUCACACGCAAGAGCUGGUGAUCUCGCACGAGGCGGACCCGCUGUGGCGCAACGCCGUGCUGCGUGGCGUGCCAAAUCUGCUGGCGCUGCGACACGUGAUGGAGGAUGGAUCGGAUGAGUAUCGCGUGAUUAGACUGGCGAAGCGCUAUCUCAGCUUCAGGGUGAUCAAGCUGAACAGGGAGUGUGUUCGUGGAUUGUGGGCUGGACAGCAGCAGGAGUUGAUCUAUCUGAGGAACAGGAAUCCGGAGCGUGGCAGCAUUCAGAAUGCGAAACAGGCGCUGAGGAAUAUCAUCAAUUCCUCGUGUGAUCAGCCGAUCGGCUAUCCGAUCUACGUGUCGCCGCUCACGACAUCGUAUGCGGAGACGAAUGAGCAGCUGUGCAGCAUCGCCGGCGGCUCUGUGAGCGUGAAGAAGAUCCGAAAUCUCGUGCUGGACGUGUGGAGUCGCGUGCGACAGCGCUGUCGCGAGGGCUGCAGCAGCGGCAGCGCCAUUGACAGCGACAUGGGAGACAUCCAGGGGGUGUACUACAAUGCCCAGGUGCCGCACAGUGUCACCACGAUUGGCGGCGUGGGCAUCAGCAGCGGCGGCGGCGGCGGCACAUUGGCCUAUGGCAGUCAGAAUCUGUCCGUGAGCGGCGCCACGACGCGCGGCAGUCUCGCCAGCAUGGGAAAGCCCACGAGUUCCACUCUGCUGGCGGGCAUUCUCAACAGGGAUCGCGACAUGGAGCGCGAAGCCGUCCGGAGUGGCGCUAAGCGAGCGUCCAGUCAGUCCAGGAUCAGUGAGCGAGAGCGUCGCGCCACACUGCCGGCCACGUCUUCCUCGUCGUCCAGCACGCGUGAUGUGUGCAGCAAGGAGAUGCUGAUGGGCAGCACAAACUCGUGUCUGAAGCAUCAGGAAUCGAUGGACUUUGGCGCGACCAAGAGUGCCAAUCUCAACACGUGGAAGAGCAACAGUCGCAAGAAGUCACUGUCCGUGGAGUCGCGCGAGAGUCGCCAGAAGUACGGCGAGUCGAGCAGAAGUGUUGAGCGCGAAGAUGCGCCGCCGCCGCCGGCCAAUAUUCCGCUCAACAAGAAAGUCAUCAUCAUUGACGCUGGCGAGAUCUACGACUGUCUGAACCUCGGCCGGCGGAUCGACGUGCUGUGGCCGAGCGAGGAGAUGCGCCAGAGCGGCGGCCGGUCGUCGUGGCGCGACUGGUGUCCGCAGGAGGGCAUGGUGGGCUUCGUGUGCCACUACUGGCAGCCCAACCAUCCGGACAGCAAGUUCCGGUCGAACGUCAACCGGACGCUGCUGCUCAUCCAGAUCGGCGAGCACUACGUGCCCGUGGGCCAGAAUGGCGUGAAGGAGUACAACUUGAUCAAGGGCGAGUCGGACAGUUCGUCCAUCAAUUCGGUGCUCGUGAGUGGCGGCGAUGAGAAAGCGUAGUGAUUCGCACGCGGGAAUGCACACAAAGAUUCUUUGCUAAGAGAGAGAGAAGGAAACCUUUUAAUGAAAUUACUAGAGAAUUUAUUUAUUCAUU